AUGGAGGGUACUGUCCAGUGCAAAGCAAACUACGUUCCUCUCACUCCAAUCAGCUUCUUGGAGCGCUCCGCCGUUGUUUACCAUAACAACCUCUCAAUCGCCUACCGUGAUGUCACCUACACAUGGUCUCAGACUCAUCAACGAUGCAUCAAGCUCGCUUCUUCCAUUUCUCAACUCGGCGUUUCUCCUCGUGACGUGGUUGCUGUGUUGGCCCCUAAUAUUCCAGCCAUGUAUGAAUUGCAUUUUGGUGUUCCAAUGUCAGGGGCUAUUCUAUGUACACUCAAUACUCGUCAUGAUUCGUCCAUGAUUUCGGUACUGUUAAAGCAUUCUGAUGCCAAAGUCCUUUUUGUUGAUCAUGAAUUACUUGAUAUUGCCAAAGGAGCACUUGAAAUCCUGUCAAAAUCAACGUCCAAGCUUCCGAUUUUGGUCUUAAUUUUGGACUGUGAGGCUCAUCCAUCUUCUCAUAACAACAGUUCAGUCUCUCCAGGAAUAUUGAUCUAUGAGAAUCUUAUAGCUGAAGGGAGACUUGACUUUGAAGUGAAAAGACCAAAGGAUGAAAGGGAUCCAAUUUCAUUGAAUUACACUUCUGGAACCACAUCCAGUCCUAAAGGUGUGGUAUAUAGCCAUCGGGGUGCCUAUCUUAAUGCGUUAUCUACGAUUCUUCUCAACGAUAUGACAUCUAUGCCGGUGUAUUUGUGGUGUGUUCCCAUGUUUCAUUGCAAUGGAUGGUGUUUACCUUGGAGUAUUGCUGCUCAAGGUGGCACCAAUGUCUGCCAAAGAAAUGUAACUGGGGAAGGGAUAUUUGACAAUGUUUUUAAGCACAAAGUAACCCACAUGGCGGGUGCGCCAACAGUUCUGAACAUGAUAGUAAAUUCACCGCCCGGAGUCAGAAAAUCACUUCCAGGGAAGGUGGCAGUGUUGACAGGUGGUGCUCCACCGCCACCGGCCGUGUUUUUUAAGAUGGAAGAGCUCGGAUUUAAUUUAGUUCAUUCAUAUGGUUUGACAGAAACUUAUGGUCCUGCGUCAAUUUGCACUUGGAAAGCAGAAUGGGGUAGCCUGUCUCAAGACGCACAGGCCAAAAUGAAGGCGCGUCAAGGAGUACAGCAUGUUGGACUUGAAGGACUUGACAUAAAAGAUCCCGUCACAAUGAAGAGUGUACCGGCUGAUGCAAAAACCAUCGGUGAGGUGAUGUUUAGAGGAAACACUGUGAUGAAUGGAUAUUUCAAGGAUUUGAAAGCCACACAAGAUGCGUUUAAAGGUGGAUGGUUUAGGUCCGGUGACUUGGGAGUAAAGCAUUCCGACGGUUACAUAGAGCUUAAGGAUCGUUCGAAGGAUAUUAUCAUCUCUGGGGGAGAAAACAUUAGCACAAUUGAGCUGGAAGGUGUGAUUUAUAGUCAUCCAGCAGUUGUUGAUGCUGCUGUUGUGGGGAGACCUGAUGAAUAUUGGGGAGAGACGCCGUGUGCAUUUGUGAAGCUGAAGGAAGGGUACAAUGCAACAGAAAAAGAGAUAAUACAAUUUUGUCGGGAGCGUUUGCCUCAUUUUAUGGCCCCUCGAACUGUCGUGUUUUCUGAUCUGCCAAAGACAUCAACCGGCAAGACACAGAAAUUUCUAUUGAAGGAGAAAGCAAAGGCAAUGGGAAGCUUGUCUAAGAAAAAGAACAAUAGCAGAUUGUAA